GGGUGGCAGGAGGGAACGGGCGAGAAGGGACUCAAGGGGCGGUGCGAGUCUGAUGGCCAUGUCCCAUGACGAGGGACCGGGGCGCCCCCCUGCCGCGUGCGCUCCCCCCUGCUGAUGGAGCCGGGGGAGCGCACCUGGGGGCGGGGGCCGCUGGACUUUGUCGGCGGGCGGUGUCCUGAUGUUACUCUCCUCGCAUGGGAAACCACGUCUUUACUGUCCCAUGACCCAUGGGUCACCUCACACCUUGGCGUGACCUACAGUGCCUCCCACGUGCCUGCAGCCGUCCCCAGCUCCGCCACUAGGAUGCUCCCAGGGUCUAUCUGCUGCUGGGGCCUGUCCCUCCCUCAAUUGUCCUUGCAGGCGUUGCAGCCCUCGAGCCCAGCCCUCCUCCGAACUCGUGUGUUCCCAUCUCAACCUCUCUCCCAUCCGCCCAUACCGGUAGUCGUUGCGUUCACUCCCCCCUUCCAUUCCCAUGCUCUCCCCCCCCUGACCCUUCAGGAGCAGCUGGGAGUGCACCCGUGUGACCGGCGCAGUGCCGUGUCGGAGUACCGCAGCAGGUUCCCGGCUGUCGACUUCUCUCUCAUUCAGCCCGAGGAGGACGUGUUGUGGCACCCGGAGCGGCGCGAGGGGCGGGAGGAGCUGCGCCGCCGCGGCCUGGCCUUCCUCUCCUGGCUGGCCUCCCGACCUGAACGCAACAUCGCGGUGGUGACCCACUCCUCCUUCCUGUUCUUCACCAUGUCUUGUUUUGGACACGGCUCCUGGGUGGCCCCCAGCGUCAUGGGGGAAAUGCACCGGUGGUACGACAACUGUGAGAUGCGGAGUGUGGUGCUAUGUGAUGAGGGAGGGGGAGGUGAGGGGGGAGAGAGGAGGGAGGGGGACCCCUGGCACUUUGCGGGCGGGGUGCAUGCAGGGGAGGAGGUGGUGGGGAAGCAGUGACCCAUGGGUCGUGCUGGUGGCUCUAGAGAGAGGUGUUUGUAGGAGGUGUGGUGUAGAGUGAUAAUUGGCAGGUUGUUGGGCGUUUAGAGCGUGAGUGCGAGGGGCCGUGUGGAAAUGCGCUCUUGGAAUGCGCUGUGGAAAGGCGGGAAUGAAGGGUACACGGGCGAGCGAUGGCACAGGAGGGUGCGAGAGAAGAGCAAUCGAGCGCUGCUAAAGGCUUUUGCCGUGGGGCGAAAUCGAAAUGCAGUAAACAGUGCCAUGGACUUAACAAGGAAAUUCUGAGAUUGCCACAUCUUAUAACUGGAUUCCAUAUUCAGCGGCCGAGG